AUGGCCCUUUUUCAUAACAACGCCAACAACGCCCAGCCGCCGGCGCCGGGCAAAAGGCGGUUGUCGAUGUUUACUUUCGGCAGCCUGAGCAGCACAAACACACAGGCAAAAGAUCUGGGCCUUUCGACGUCGCCAAACUCAAGCCAACCUAAACAAGGUGGACUCGCAUCAAGCGAAGGCUCAAUCGACAGCGCAAUGUCGUCUUCGAAAACUCAGGCAGCCCAGUCAAGUAACAGCACUUCAUCUGGCUUUCAAAAGGGAAAUUCGAAAUCUCCCGGCCCAGUUUCGCCUGUGAUGUCGGUGCCAAAUAGUAAAAACAAUCAGCUAGGGUCUCCUGUUUGUUCUCCCUUAUUUGAGGCAGAUUCAUUGCAAGAGAACCCUGACUGCAACAUUUUUGAGAGAUCUGUUCAGGAUUUGUCUGGUCAAGUCAAACACGAAGAUUGCAUUCCGCCUGCUUUGGAUGCUACUGCUCACAUCUUGACCGAUAAACAGACUAAUUUGGACGAUGUCGAAAUGGUCUACUCCAAUAGAAGAAACUCCUCGGUCAUCGGCUUGAAUAUGGCUUUGGGCAGACCUUACACCCCCUCCCGCAAAAACAGCGUUAUCUCCAUGUCGCAGUGCAAUACAUCUUCAAACGGGAACAAUGCAAUUUACAACUCAAACAACAACAACACAGGCUCUCAGUCAUCCUUGACCAACGCACUUCCUCCUCAAUCUCCAGUUUCUCCACCAAAGUUGAGAAGUUCGAGAUCUUCGGUGUCGUUCUACUCGUAUGCGGACAUGAUCAACAGCGACGAGUUUGCCCGUAGGCCAUCAAUCAAGCACUCGUUUAGCCACGGCAUGGCACCUACCAUGAAUCGCAAAAUGAGUGUGGCAUCAAACCACUCUGGCAUUUCAAAUUCAUUGUCCUGCAACACUGGCGCUGCCUGUGGUGCUAAUGCUCCUCACGCAAGCAAUAGCACUACAAAUAUUUCUUCAUUCUCUUUGGGCAAGGGUUUGAGAAAGCCCCAGGCCUCGACAACGUCGAUUCUGCUGCAAUCGCAGUUGUCAAAACAGCUUGCCCAAAGAGAGGUCCGCCAGCCAGGAUCCUCUGUUUCAUCGAAGAGUUCAUCCAAAAAGGGCCAGAGCUCCAAGUUGAACAACUUCUUGAUUAGUCCCGAAUCGAGCGAGUCUGAAGACCAUGAGGUAUAUUACCCAGCAACUUCUAGCUCCCCUGUUCAGAGAAGAGCUUCUGUGACUUCUAGCGGAUCUAACCCCAAUGCCGAUAAUGAGAGUUUGGUGUCUUCAACGAUGGGAGACUGCAUCAGGCAAUGUACAACCGAUAUCAUUGGUUGCAACUGA